CAUAAGGCCUGGGCAGGCAGGAGGGGGUGCACAGUGCUGUCAUGGAGGGCAGCUUCACUGGGGGAGAUGAGUACCAGAAGUACUUCCUGUCCAAGGACUACUUGGCCACCUACUACAACUUUGACCAUGGCCCCUCGCCCGAGGCUGAGAUGCUGAAGUUUAACCUGGAGUGUCUCCACAAGACGUUUGGCCCCGGGGGUCUCAAAGGGGAUACCCUGAUCGAUAUCGGCUCGGGCCCGACCAUCUACCAGGUCCUCGCUGCUUGCGAGUCCUUCCAGGACAUCACCCUCUCAGACUUCACGGACUGCAACCGGGAGGAGCUGGACAAGUGGCUGAAGAAGGACCCAGGGGCCUACGACUGGUCCCCGGCGGUGAAACUUGCCUGUGAGCUGGAAGGGAGCAGCGGCCGGUGGCAGGAGAAGGAGGAGAAGCUGCGGGCUGUGGUGAAGCGUGUGCUCAAAUGUGAUGCCAACCUGGGCAACCCGCUGGCGCCGGCCUCGCUGCCUCCCGCCGACUGCGUGCUCACCCUGCUGGCCAUGGAGUGCGCCUUCAGCAGCCUCGGCGCCUACCGCGCCGCGCUCCGCAACCUCGCCUCGCUGCUCAAGCUGGGCGGCCACCUGGUGACCGCGGUGACGCUGGGGCUCUCCUCCUACAUGGUGGGGAAGCGCAAGUUCUCCUGCGUGGUCCUGCAGAAGGAGGAGGUGGAGCAGGCUGUCCUGGACGCCGGCUUCCACAUCGAGCAGCUCCUGCACAGCUCCCGCUGCUACUCGGUGGCCAAUGCUGCCAACAGUGGGAUCUGCUUCAUCGUGGCCCGCAAGAGGGCUGGGCCCUGAGCCAGGGGGGCCGCCGGGGGUCUGGCCAAGCCCUGAGGCCAUGGCCCAGCUACAUGCUGUGCAGAGGGGUUAGGAUCGGGUCAGGCCAAGCAGCCCCUGCUUCCAAUACCAAUACUCCAUCUGAAAUUCUGAGGUUCUAACAUCCUUGUUUUAGAACUCUAAGCUGCCAGUGUAUCUUAUUCUAGGAUCUUAGAGGUGGAAUAUUCCAUUUUCUGGAACACUAAGUCUUACGGCUUCUCUCAGAUGCUAUCUGACUCCCAGGCUUUCAGUGUUUUUACCCAGUAUGUAAGGGACAACAAAGCUUCCAGGCGGUGGUGGGUUGGUAAAUGUUUAACAAAGCUAAAAACAAACAAACAAAAAACCAAAACAAAACAAAAAACCCCACAACAACCUGAUUUGGGGCAAUUGCCAGUUUCUGUAGUGUAAAUACUCCCACAAGGGUUGAUUUCAAGCUACCAAUGGUUGAACAGCUGGCUCACCAAAUUCUUGAAAACUGAACAGUUGGCUCUCAGAAGCUGAUAUGAGAUAGCUCCUUCACACCAUUGCAUCCAGACCAAGGUUGCCAGAUUUAGGGAAAAAAAAAAAAUUGCAUGGGACAUACUUAUCCUAAAAAAUUAUUCAUCAUUUAUCAGAAAUUCAAAUUUAGUGGAUGUCUUAUAUUUUAUCUGGUGACUCUAUUCCAGAACUCAACCCAAGAGCCAGUGCUGUGGAUAGCACAGGAGGGGGCUUUGUGCAAAUUAGGGAAAGGCACUCACUCCCAGAGAUGGACGAAUGGCUGUGCUGGUUGAGAAAAAGUGCUUCUUGCCCCUCUGGGAUGAGAACAAGGUGCCCCUUCUGGUCAGAUCAAGUAGAGAAAAGUGUGUUUCAUCAAGACCAGCACAUGGGCACCCAUCAGCCCGCCUCCUGUCUCCCCACUGGCACCUUUGUGUGGGACACGGCGUGCACAGCUGGACAUGGCAAGCAGCCCUGAUAAGCGUCAGGACACCCAGAUUCCAGUCCCAGUUCUGCCCUUAAUUUUCUAGGUGACCUUGGGUGAGUCUUUUCACUGCUCUGGGACUCACUUUUCCGAUCUGUGAAGUGGGGUGAGUGGGACUUAAUUUGAUAAUCUACAAAAGAGUUCUAGGAGUAGGAAGUCAUUGAUGUGAAAGUGCUCUGAAAAGUUAAAGGCUUUGCACAAAUUAACCUAAUUGACAUUAUUUUCCUAAAGGGAAUGGCCCUUUAAAAUUACCUUGUCCAGUCCCUUUGUUUUAUAUUCCAGGAAGCUGAGGUCCUGAGAGACUGGGUGACUUGCCCAGAGAUACACAGUAAAUUGGGGUCAAAGUUGGGAUGAGAACCCAGAUUUCCCAACUCCACUAGGUGACCCCCAGGCUUGGAAGGGCUCGGGAAGCCCCCCUUUCCCUUGGGUCUCUCCCAGCCCAGGGUUGUCCCAGCAACACGAGUCCUAGCAGCAGAACUUCAUUUGCCAGGUCACGUUUUACCCCAGGGAGAGUAUGGACCCCAGCUCUUCUCCAAAUGUGUGCUUAAGGGGAAGCCUCUCUGGACUUAGCUGGAGGGACAUCAGAUUUGUGUAAGUUUCAGAUUCACUCAAGGCAGAGGGAAAGGGGUGUUUAGUAGACUAGGAGACCCUAAGAGCCCAUGUCCAGGGACCGGAGAAGGAUGGAGGCUAAAAUGAGGUCUUUCAGAGAAAAUAGACCUUGGCAAGCAGGAUGGGUUUUGAGCCCAGAUGAAGUUUCUGCUGCGGCAGAAAUGAGAUAGUUUCUGCAAGGCAGCAGGCAGACAGAGCCUGGAAGGAAAGGAAAUACAAACUGGUCCUGCCUUAAUGUACCAGGAUCUCCCAUAGAGGGUGAUGUGUCCUGACACAGACAGAAGACAGAGGAUUCAGAACAGAGAUAUUGCUCCCUGUGGGGCUCAGAGUGAAGAGCUGGCUGGCUGUCUUGGGGGAAGAGGGUUGGCAAAGUUGUGAGGGAAAAGUGCAGGGGUUCCAGAGAGCUGCCUGGCUCCUUAAACUGGGCCAGCUUGGCUGAGUGACUGUGCUAUAUACCUGCCAUUCAAGACAACUUGUACUCCCCAUAUGCUUUAAUAAAACACUUUGUUUCACUUUAACCAA